UAGAACGUUUCUGACUGCGUUAUUCGGCAUCAAUUCUGUAAACUGAUUUUUAAUGAUUUUUUUUCCCUCUAUAGUAAUAUAUAGUGAAAAUAAUUACCGGUGUGAUACCUUCACAUGCCAUUCCGCUAGCCUAACUAGUCACUGGAUUAUCUGUCCUUGACUUCCAUCACUAUCACCAGGAGCGCUUAUAAUCAAAGGUAGAUAACCCACUUUCACAGUUGCUUGGGAAGCAGCCGCUCUGUUACGUGAUGGAAAAAUUCAUAUUCGGUUAUACGUAAACAGCACUUUUUGAAUGAGAAAAUGGCAAAUUUGCUACGGGGUUAUCUCCGAAUUUUGGAGAAGCAUCCACUAUUCACGAUGUCAGCUACAACCGGUUCCCUCAUGGCAACUGGAGAUGCCAUAUCACAGCUUGUAGUGGAAAGAACAGGAAAGUUUGAUGUUGUCAGAAAUGGAAGGUUUCUGAUUUUUGGUGUUUUUAUUGGGGGCCCUAUGUUUAGAGGCUGGUACGUUUCAAUAGACAAGAUAUUCGGGAAAACCAAGUAUGCACCAAUGAAGAUGAUGUUAGCAGAUCAGGGACUAUUUGCACCAACCUUUUUGCCAUUUUUCCUGUUUACUCUGGGAAUUAUGAGACAAGAUCCUGUCCAUGAAAUUUCAGAAAAAAUCAGAAAGGAUUAUUAUGAUGUCAUGACAACGAACUGGAAGGUCUGGCCGGCUGUUCAGAUAAUCAACUUCACGUUUGUACCUUUACAACACCGAAUCUUAGUGAUCAACUUAGUGUCUGUAUUCUGGAACUGCUAUAUGGCGUGGAUCUCGGAGAGAGAACACGAGGACGUGGUCCUACACCACCACCCACAGACAGAGCAAAAGAUCCGCCCCCAAACGUCGAUACCCCAGCAUGCAUCGGCUAGCUGUUCAAAUAAAGAUCCCCGAAAAGCAUCAUAGUUUUUCUCGACAGACAGGCGUCCAGCACAUCCCUGAUAAAAUUCUUUCUUAGAUACCAACGUUUGGUGCACUAAUGUAGUUCAUGUUGUACUUGUCAUACUGUCCACAGUCAUUUGAAAAUGUGUCAUUUUUAUUGGGAGGGGGGGGGGGGUGUUCUGGUAGAUGGUCCCCACCCAACAUUUUUAAUUACAUUGAUUUUACCACCCCAAAUGAAAAUGACACCAUUUCAAAAUAUAAACUAUUUUGCGGGUAAGCAUUCAGACAAUUGUUUGCUAGUGGUUUUUUAACGUAAAAUUCACCCUGACCAAGGAAAAAUUAUAUAAUGAAGGUACUUGUAGUUAAUGAAAUCAUGAAUCCGAUUUGAUUCCCUCGGUGUCAUUCAGAAUUAUGAUAACAUUUAUUGUGAUGUUUCAGUUAGAAUUGUUUUGAUGACGUUUGUAAUGUACUGGUUCCUGUGUUCUUUUUCUUUUUAAAUAUGGAAGGAAAUUGAAAUCUUAGUAGCUGUGCGUCUUGUUUAAGAAUGGGAUGUAUUGGUUGUUGUGCCCCGUCAUUUUUCAAAGGACCUUUAUUUUAUAAACCACACGAGAAAAUCUUAAUUUUUUUUUUAUAAGAGAAGAAAAUUAAUCAAGUCUGUCUCUAAAUUGAUGGUAUUUUAAGUACUCCUCUACUUUGAAUUGAUUGUUCUACUAUCUGUAGAAAGCCGCAAAUGAAGGAGUUUGAUAGAGGAAUGUUUACCGCAAUUGACUAUUACAGCAGCUCACAUACCUGGUACUAUUAUAUUGAAUUCCUGUUUGAUAAACCGGUUGGUUUUUUUUGUUUUUUUUUUUAAUUUAGUUACUCGAAUGUAAGCGUUGAAGUUUUAAAUCUUAUGUCAGAUUUUUAUUUUUAUUUGCGGUUUUUUUUUUUUUUUUUUAUUAUUAUUAUUUAAAAGUGUUCAUAUAUUUUUUUCUUGUUGUAAUAUAAAAGUAAAUAUAUUUAGUUAUUUACACGUGUAAUAUUCAGAGGUUCGUUUGUGACCUGCUAUUUUGUGGCUCAUGUUGAGCUAAUUUAAGAUGCAAACUUAAGAUUUCUUGAGUUUAUUAGAAAUCAUUCAUAAAGAAAGAUUGCUUGCUUUCAUUGAACACGUAUUGUAAUUUAUGUCAAUUUGGUGCAAGAUUGAAAAGUUUACUCAAUUAAUGAUAAUUAAACAAGGGGUGCGUUAGAGGGCUUCCCCUUCCAUCGUAGAUUUAUACCUAGCUGUAGUAGCGUUGAACGCACACUAAUUUUACAUGCACCUCCACUCACAGUAGGUACACCUAUUUCGCCGGGUCCGCGGCGAAGGGAUAGCAAGUGCUUUAUUACUAACAACAAGGGAGUUAUGUCUCACAGUCCUUAUAAACAAAAAUCACACUACAGCUUGUUCAUAGUUCACGUAUGUCAUACUGCAAAAACAAAUUAGAUGAUGGGUUUUUCGUAGAAGCGAGAAGAAAAGAAAAUGCAUGUACUUUAUAUAUUUUAAUAUCAUUGAAGAGGGAUUCUGUUUUGUUUUUUAUGAAAUUCGGGACCAGGAUGGUGCCUUUUUGUACCGCAAUGUGCAUUUAUAGAUCUAUAUGAUCUACAAUUGUAAUUUUAGCUCACUUGAGCUGAAAGUUCUGGUCACUUUUUUGGUGUCUGUCUGGCCGUCCGUCCGUAAACUUUAAACAUUUUCGACUUCUCCAGAACCACUCGACCAAUUUCAAUUAAACUUGGCACAAAUCAUUCUUGUGUAAUGGGUGUUCAAAUCUAAUCUGUUUUAAAGAAGGACCACGUCCCUUUCAAAGGGGGGAGAUAAUCCAGAAAAGGGAAAAUAGGGUGGGGUCAAUUAAAAAUCUUCACGAGAGCCACUGUGCCAAAAAAGUUUAAACUUGCAUUAAAGCUUCCUAAAAUAAUGUAGAUUUAAGUUUGUUCAAAUAAUGGCCUCCCCGGGGUUAGGGUCGGGUCACAAUAGGGGUUCAAAGUUUUACUUGUUAGUAUAUAGCAAAAGUAUUUUUUUAAAAAAUUCUUUUCAAUAACAGGGCUAUGAUUAGUCUUGUUAAUAUGCAAGCAUCUCCAGUUAUUAUAAAUUAAAGUUUGUUCAAAUCAUAGCCCCAGGGAUAGGGUGGGACACAAUAGGGGAUCAGUGUUUUACUUGGGAAUAUAUAGGAAAAAAUCGCAAGAACAGCAGGGUCAUGAUUGGUUAUAUUAAUUUGCAAUCUUCCCCAGGUGGUGCAGAUUCCAAUUUGUUCAAAUUGUGAUCCCCGAGGUUAGGAUGUGGUUAUAGUUUAAUGUGGGAAUAUAUCGGGGAAACAUCCUUCAAAUCUUCUUCUCAAUAACAGUAGGGCCAUGAAAAGUUAUAUUGAUAUCCAAGCAUCUUUAGGUAGUACAAAUUCAGGUUGUUCAAUUCAGAGGCCCCGGGGGAAGAAUGGGACCACAAUAGACGAUUAGGGUUUUCGUAUUUUGCAUAUGGAGGUUCCUUAUGGCAAGAUCUUACAUUUCGUAUCAUGAUCGUUGACAUUUUGAUCUUGUAUCACUAUCACGGUUAUGUCAUGACGUUUGUAGGCUACAUGUAGGUUUGGGCCGCGCUAAAAAAAUUAAUGGGAAUAAAGAUUUUUUGAUUUUUUUUUUUAAAUCUUCACAAUACAACAGCAUGGCUAAGGUGACUCGGUUGAGCGAUGUGGCUCAUGGGCCUCUUCUUCUAUUCACGCAGACUCGAUCUUUAAAGAUUUCAUUAAUGUUUAGACAAUUUUAUUAUGAUAUUACAUUUAUUGAUUCUGUUCGUUACAAUGCACUGUUGUUAUAAACUGCCUUGCCUUGUGUUAUUUUAAAAUAAAGUUUUCUUUUCAACAGA